AUGCUAACCAAUUUGAUCUGCAAGUUAUUCUUCAUCCUCAUUCGUACGCAAUUCUUGUUUUCACAUGCCAGCACGAAUGAAGAUGGACUUCGACGUUUAUUGUUCGAUCAACGACCAUAUGAUCAAAAUGUUUGUCCUGAGAAAGGCAUUACGAAAGUGUAUACGAAUUUAAUUGUAUUACAAAUCGAAAGUAUCGAUGAGAAAGCACAAGUCGUGACAAGUAAUGUUCAAUUAGUAUGUUCAUGGUGUGACCCAUACAUGUCAUGGAAUAUAAGUCGAUACAAUAUAACUGCACUUUCAGUCAGUCCGGAUUAUUUAUGGACACCGAACGUGGUUUUAGUCAAUUCAGCCGAUGAGAAAUUCUCUCAUAAUCGUGAACAUUAUGCAUUAAUUCUUCGGCAUGACGGCUACGUUCGAUUCAUGUUCCAAGAUCUUUGGAAGACUAUAUGUAAAGUUCGUCUAACGUACUUUCCGUUUGAUCAACAGCACUGUACAAUAAUUAUUCGCAGCGGUGGACAUGACAGUCAUUCAAUAAAGUUCAUUCAACGACGGCCGAUCGAACGCCACUCAUUUAUUCGUGGCGAGUGGGAAUUAAUACAUUCCUACAUGAAAAUCACCGAAGAAUGCGUUUCUGAUUCCAACCAAGCGAAUUACAGUGUUGUGCACUUCGCAUUGAUCUUGAGACGCACACAGUUAUACUACGUAGUCAAAAUUAUCCUUCCCUUUGCUCUUGUUUCAUUCGUAACAUUAUUCACGUUCUUAUUACCGCCAGAAACAGGUGAAAAAUUAACACUGAAUGUAACGAUACUUCUCUCAUUAGUUAUUUAUUUGCAAUUGAUUAGCGAAUAUAUACCGAAAGCUGACGAUGAAACACCAAUUUUAACAUUAUUUUGCAAUGCGAAUUUUGGUCUCGUUUUUAUAUCGUGCAUCAUGACGGUUUAUGUUCUAUAUCUUCAUCAUCGUCCAUCGAUUGCAUACGUGGCUGGUGUACCAUUCUAUAUGAAAUUGAUCUUGCUUGAUUAUUUAAGUCCCAUUGUUUUCGGGAAACAAAAUCUAAGUGGCAAAUCACAGAAAGUAAUACGUAAAUCGGCGGAUAUCAAAGUGCUGCGACGUUUGAGUAAUAUCGAGAAAAGUAUCCGUUCGAUAUUUUCGAUGAGAUCGUCAGCUCAACUAGCAAAUCAUCAGUCCGUUGAAUUAUUCCGUUGUUUACAACAGAUGAAAAUGCACCUACGUAAACAACAUGCGUCUUCAUUUCGGUUGAAAUACGAUCAUGAUAUCAAGAAUAAUUUGCUAAAAAUCGAAAAUAAACAGCGAUUAGAUGAAUGGCAACAAGUAGCAAUCGUACUGGAUCGUCUUUUCUUUCUCUUCUUUGUUUUAGCCAUGCCAUGCACCGCUCUCUUCUUUCUCUCGGCACAUUUUUCUGGUGUCAAUACGUUUCGGUCGAAUUCAAGCAAAAUUAAAAUCGAUUCCGCCGAUGCCAAAUGCUAUUUGUAUUACCGACCAAUGUUAACAUGA